UAGGUUAUAGCCCCCGGGUAAAUUUGGUUGUGAAGGCUGAUAUAAAGGAACCUCCCAUAUUUAGGGGUGACAAUACAGAUAAGUGCACUAUCCAUGAGUGGGAGGAGAUGAUGCAGUCAUACCUGGUAAAGAAAAGGUAUCCUGUGUCUGAACAGGCUACAGAAAUUAUGGAGAGGCUUAUGGGUAAACCAAAGGAUCUUGUAAAGAUUGGGAUUUGGCAUAAUGCUCACAUUGAUUUCAAAUGGGAUCCAAGUGUUAUAUUUAGCAUUCUGAAACAGCAUUUUGGGGAGGCUAUUUCAUCUGUUACCCCGCUUGCAGAUUUUUAUUCAACCUUACCAAAGCCAGGAGAGGGUUGUUUAGAUUACUGGGUCCGCCUGAAUAAGGCUGUGGGUUUAGCUAAUGAAUGCCUGAGGAGAAAUGGGGAAAAAAGUAGAUGAUCCAGGGUAUGAGGUGGCAAUGAUGUUUAUUAAACACUGCCCAGAUAUCGCAUUAUCAAAUGCCUUCAGAAGUAAACCAACAGAAAAAUGGACAGUUGGGGAAGUACAAGAAAUGUUAGACAGUUACCAGAGAAAUAGGAGGUUAACUGUAGCUAGUACGGUUGUAGAACAGCAAAGUGUAGCCUCAUUGCAAACGCAGACAGUUCAGUGCCAGGCUCAACAGGGCUUACAGUAUUCAGCUCCAGCUGGUGCUUCUAACGAGAAAGGUGAUAUUCAAAAACUGAUAGAGUUGAUGGAAAAGGUUGUCUCUUAUCAAGAAUAUGAUAAGGUGAGAGAGACAAGACCAAGGAGAGGUGCUAUUCCAGGACACCCUUGCAAAGUUUGUAAUAAUGUCACUCAUAGUACUAAGUCUCACUGUGUUAGGAAUAACUUGUGCUUUAGUUGUCUGGAACUUUGCUGUUGUCCUCAGAGACAACAGCAAAGCAGGCCAGUCCCCUCAGAUCAUGUAACGCAGAACCAGGGAAAUUAGAACGCCUGCAACCCUGAAGCCCCAAGUAACAGUAAUGAAGACUUAGAAAGUAUGUAUUCACACCAUUGUGAGAAUUCACCCGAGGACACUAUUGUUAUAGUGCAGUGCACACAAAGGCUAACUGAUAGUGACAGUCUGUUUUAUUCUACAGUAUUGGUCCAGGGGUUGGUAGAGCUUAAUGCUAUGGUAGAUAGUGGCUCUAUGGCCUGUACAAUUAGUGCAGAAGCGGAACAGAAAUUGCUGUCUGCUGGCGCCAUCAAUAUUAGCGCUGUGAAUCCCUCCUCUGUAGUUCUCAUAGGAUGUGGAGGACAGAAAGUAAAGCCAAAGUGUGCAUACGAACUAGAGUUAACCAUGUUUGAGUGUAAAAUGUUGGUUCCAGUUUUGGUUGUUUCCAGACAGCAGGAUGAAAUGAUAGUAGGAACCAAUGUUUUGAAACACCUCCUUCACCAUCUCAAAAAGAGUGGUAAUUAUUGGGAUUUGUUGUCUAACCCAGAUGAGAGUAGGGGUAAGGAAACAGAGAUGUUUUUGGACUUAUUAGCCAACUUACAGCGUUGGAAGGGGGACAAGAUUCCUAAUAAAAUCGGUACUGUAAAACUUAGGCAGUGUGUUACACUACUACCAAGACAUGAGCAUUUAAUAUGGGGCAAGUUACCGAAUGCCGUGUCCAUAUCAGUUGGUAGCACUGUUAUGGUAGAGCCAACAACUUCAAAGGCAGCACAGCGGAAUGUUUUGGUAGGGCGUUUAGUCACACCGUUGUGGGGAGAUAGAUGGAUCCCUAUGAGGGUUAUCAAUCCAUUGGACAAGCCCAUGGUUAUUAAACGUAAUGCAAAAAUUGCUGAUGUGCAUGCCUGUAUCACUCUAGAAGAUUUUGAGCCAAUUUGUAACAGACCGCAUGUCACCUUGAAGCAAAGUUAUUUGCAGAAUGCUUAUCAUUCUCAGGAAUGUGCAAAGCUGAGCACACCAUCAAGAGAGCAGAGCCAGUCUGUCGGAAGUAGGAAACAAACAAAUCAUGACAACUAUGGUGAUACUACACUGAAGAAAUUGGACUUGGAGGACCUUGAUAUUGCAACCUGUGAGCUGAGAGUUGCGCUAAUGAAGAGGGACAGCAACCCUGAUUAUCAUUUUCUGUUUGCAGCACAAUAAAGCAAUCGCCUUGGGAAGCCAGUAGUGUGAAGUCUUGAUUCCAGUGUGAAGUGGCAUGGGGAAGAAAGAGUGACCCAGGUUACACUUGCCUUCACAAUGACUCCAGCUGAGCUGAAGCAGGAGAGGGGUGGAGCUCAGACUGGAUAAUAAGUGCAAGUUAGUUUUGUUGCAUAUUGAAUAUGAUAAAGGGGUUUUGCUAAAUGAGAUGUUUCUCAAUGGCAUAAAAAGUCUUUUUUUAAAAGCAUAAAGGUUGAUUUCAGCCAUUCUCUACUUCA